AUGGCUGCAUCCGAAAACUCCGACCCUACCAAGCCUUCUUGCUUUAAACCACUUAAGAGCAGCAGCAAGCGCAUUGAUGGAGCUCGCCGAGCUGCACGUCGAAGAUCAUCUUACCGUCUGCACUGGACAUCUCAAUUUGCAGAUCGUUCCGCUCCCCAUGCUUUCCCGCCUUGCCUUACCUCUGAAGGUGGCGCUCUACGAAGGGUUGGGCUUGCCAAGGAACUCGAUGCGCCAGCGCAAGCUCGAGUGCUCCGGAGUUUCUGUGAACGCAGCGUGGAGUGGGAUGCGCCUGGCUCGGUGUUUCGCGUGGCUUCUCCGGGUCUGCUUAGACCCUGCAUGGUGCGAUCCAUGGACGGUGCAGCCUCGCAGCGUGGGAUAGGAGUCUCAGCCUCGCCAAGCCAUGCCAUCCUCCGUAUACGCGCCCGGAAGCCAGCACGCCACGCCAAUGAUGCCCUCGGACUUGCCGGCAGCCCCAUGCGAUUUCGGCAGCAUCGCGGCUGUCGCAAGCCACCGGAGCAGGUGCGGCUUGGCAGCACUGUAUGCGUCAAAUCUCCGCACCCGUUCUCGGCACUUUGA